CAAGUCAUAGAAAUGUUGCUAUCUCGAGCGGAUCGGCUUAUUUAGUGCCAAAAUAGUUUUGAAAUAAUAAUAAUAAAACACAAUUUCUAAGUCAUUACAAGGACGUAGAAAUUUAACUCAAGAGUGAAUUUCUGUUUUUUGUGUUUUCGCAGGUUUUAAUUUGCUUUGCCGAAGACUGAACCGACGAGGACUUGAAACAGCUUUUCACAUUUCAAUAUUUUUUCAUCAAGUAAUGGACAUUUGAUUACUCUUUUUGCCUCCAGUUGAUCCUGAAGGGAAGGCUUUAGCAUAGCAUUUAGCCACCACAGCCCCACCCACAAGAAAUUUUUCAGUUGAAAAUUAAAACCAUGAAGGUUGACGACAUAAAAAUUAUGAAAUAUGAGCUCUAAGUUCCUGAAAAGUACACCAUAAUAUACCCGAGACGCUGAGGAUCUAUAGUAUCAAUAACAUGACGGAGGUACCAGUGGACCCCCGGGAGAUUCUUAAGGGCCUGGAGGCCCUUCUGGGAAAAGAUGGAGAACUCCGCAGCCUGGAGGGAGUCCCAAAGGUGUUCAGCCUUAUGAAGGCAUCCUCGAAGAUGGUGAGCAGGUGCAUGUACCUGAACGUCCUGCUGCAGACCAAGUCCCACGAUGUCCUCAACAGGUUCAUCCGAGUCGGAGGCUACAAGCUUCUAAACUCGUGGCUUACCUAUUCUAAGGGCACCAACAACACCCCCUUGCUGCAGCUCAUCCUGCUCACGUUGCAGAAGCUCCCUCUCAAGGUGGACCACCUGAAGCAGAACAACACAGCCAAGCUGGUGAAGCAACUGAGUAAGAGUGCAGAGACCGAAGACCUGAGGAAGCUGGCGGCCGUUCUCGUCGAUGGUUGGAUGGCGACCAUCCGCUCCCAGAGCGUCUCCAGCAGCUCUCCUGCUGACAAGAAGAAGAAAGGAGAGAGCAAAGUGCUGGUGAGGGAUGUGAAGGAGAAAAGUGGAGAUGAGGAGAAGAAGAAGGAGAAGCCCAAAGCUCACGCCCCCAGCCACACAAAGAUUCGUUCUAUAGGACUGGAAAUGGAGGCUCCCAACCCGACUCCUCCAAAGAAGGCUCCUGCUCCUCUGCUGAGUAACAAAUACAAUAUCCCUCCCUCCUUCCUGAAGAGGCCCAGCAGCUCUGCUCCCUCAGACGCUCCACCUGUGGAGAAAAAGUACAAACCAUUAAACAUCACAUCGAAUGCAACUAAAGAGAUCAAAGUGAAGAUCAUUCCAGCACCACCUAUGGAGAGCCCGGGGUUCCUGGAUGCCUUGAACUCCGCCCCAGUUCCAGGGAUCAAAAUCAAAAAGAAGAAGCCAGCUGCUGGUGGUCCUGCUAACACCAAAGCCGUCUCACCGACGUCCACCAAGACAAACCCAUUUGACAGCAAACCAGCAGGAUAUUCUUCGUCCUCAGCAAAGCCGUCGUCUCCAGAAUCUGCUGCUUCCACUACUCCUGCAGAUGAGAAACUGGACCUGGAACAGCCUGGAACCCCGGUCCCUCUCGAGGAUCCAGAUACCUCAAACAGUGGUGAGAAGCCCAAUGCUCUGGCAGAGCCACGGGCGGAGGAGGAAGGCCUGACCAGGAAGGGCAAGAAGAAGAAGACUGUUCACUGGGCGGAGGAGGAGCAGCUGAAGAACUACUACUACUUUGAUUUGGAUGAAACGGAGAGGGUCAAUGUCAACAAGAUCAAGGACUUUGGCGAGGCAGCUAAACGAGAGCUGAUGAUGGACCGGCAGACGUUUGAGAUGGCUCGACGCCUGUCACAUGACACCAUGGAGGAAAGGGUUCCCUGGACUCCGCCCCGACCCUUGACCUUGACGGGCAGCUUGGUGACCCCUGGAGCCAACAGCUCAGAGAAACUUACCCAGCGAGACCGAGAAAAGGGCAUCCUUCAGGAAAUCUUCCUGAGCAAGGAGAGUGUUCCUGACAGUCCACACGAACCGGACCCAGAGCCCUAUGAGCCGAUGCCUCCCCGUCUCAUCCCUUUGGACGAGGACUCCUCCAUGAUGGACAUGGGCUGUGUUGAGCCCAUGGACACCUCGACACAACCAGGCUCAACCGUGACCCAGACUGAAGGUUCCAAGCUGCCUCCGGUUCUUGCCAACCUCAUGGGAAACCUCGGUAACAGCUCACGUAGCCCACAAGCAGUCAGCAAUGUCACAAGCACAACCGCCCCCUCUGUCAACGUUCAGGAACUGCUCACCUCCAUCAUGGGAGCGUCUGGAAACCAGUCUGCCGAGGACCUAAUCAAGCAGCCCGACUUCUCCGACAAGAUUAAGCAGCUACUGGGCUCCCUGCAGCAGAACCAGGCAGGACCUCAAACAAUCAACCAGGGGCUUGUGGGACACGGUCCAGGCAUGAACAACAUGAACAACAUGCCGAUGCAGAUGCCCAUGAAUGUCGGUUACCCCCACAAUGCUUCUCCUGGGGGGCCCCGUUUUAACCACCCCCCACCUCCUCACAACCACGGGCCACCUUUCAAUGCCGGUGGGAGCCCCCGUAUGAUGGGACCCCCACCAGGACAGGGUAGAGGGGAAAACUACUGGGGAGACGAUUAUAUGAGAGGCGGGGGCCACAGAGGAGGUAAUUACCACAGAGGAAGCCGGGGUCGGGGAGGAGAGCCAGGCUUCAGGGGCAGAGGACGUGGGGGCCCCAGAGGAGGACACAACAACAUGAACGACAUGUCCAAGAGGCCCGUCUGUCGCCACUUCAUCAUGAAGGGAAACUGCAGGUACGAGAGCAACUGUGCCUUUUACCACCCGGGCAUGAAUGGACCCCCGCUACCCCCAAACCACCCGGCUAACCAACAUCAACAGCACGGCCACUAGGUGGCGCUGCAAAUGCCUUGCUCUGAGUCCUGGGACCGCAGUUGAGACAGCAGCUCGCAGUGAGGACAGAAUAUGGACAUUAACCAGGUUUGCUCCUCAGAUCAGAACCCUAAAGGCUGGUCCGCGGUGGGACUCGUGCAUUUUUUUACUCUGUUCAGUGUUAAAGGUGAGACCAACCUGAAGCAGCUACCUGCCGAUCGGCUGCUGCUGUCCACCCAAAUACAUUAGGUGUUGUCCUCUGAAGAACGGGACUUCCUGUCUCUGGCUGUUUAUUUUGUGCCAAACAUAAUGCCGCUUCAGACUUGCCUCCAGCUGUAACGUCCUGUUUGGUAUGAUGUGUACAGAAGACUGUGAGGGACAGCGUCUUCCUCCAUGCGUAUCGAGGGGGGUGAAACAAAGUUCAAGAAGCACCUUAGAAGAUGAGGCCCAGAAUGUAGUCAUGGUUCUGACCUGCUCUGAGCACUGGACCAUGUGGACCUGAGGACAGAGCUCCUCUCAGUACGUUGGGCUCAGGACAUCAGCUGGCUUCAACGUGACAAUCGGGACAGAGAGGUCCCCGUCUCUCUCAGAUCCUGCCUGGACGUUAUGUAAUCAGUGUUGGGGACAACGAGUACCUCUGUGUUUCUUCUACAAGCGGUGUUUUCUGUGAAAACUCUUCUUUUUUGUCUCUUGUGAGACUCAGAAUGUACGUUUAUUGUUGCUUUCUCCACCUGCAGUUUUUUACAGUCUGGAACGCCGAACCUCUCGAACCUGUGUUUGGUUUUGUCGAUAUCAGAUGUUUGUAUGAACACAGUACACAUUCAUACUGAUUAGUUUAUAACUGAAUUUUUUUGUACAUGUAUUGAAUAAAUGUCUGACUAUACACGAGUUUUCUGUACAUUAACAUUAUAGCUCAGAAAACUUGAAAGCCUAAACCUCCUUGGUUGCCAUUACUAUAAUAUUUAUUUACAGUAAAUUAUAUAACAACAAUAAGUGCAGACUUUUAUUUGUACGACAUUCUUUUCACAAUGAGAGGAAAUGUAGACCUGAACUCUUCUGGGCUGUUCGUGCUCUACGCAGCAACACAUUUUCAUUCAGCACAGAUCAGCGCACUACACUCCUGAUGUGCGUUUGUUUCAGUGACCUUUGACCCAUCAGCCUUUGAUUGGAGGAUGCAUUUAAAGCAUUUACUGGAACAGAAACACUUCCAGGUUUCUGCAUUGGCUUGUCAAAAGAAUAAACUGGUUUAAACAUGAAUAAAGAACAACCUCAGUAAUCAUGUAAUCUGCUUAUUUGUAUUUUUAUUACAACGACCAUGAUAGCAUGCUUAAUGUAUGUUACUUCCAUGGGAGUAUUGUUUCUUUUAAUGUGAGCCCUCUGACACCUUUACCACCUGUGGGGGCCUUUGAGCGCAACUGCAGCUCAUAAUUUCCAUUUUUGUUUUUAUUUACAAUUUUUCUUGUCUAUAGUUUGUUUUCCAGCUGGAGUUUUCAGUCUCCAGCAGCCUGUGUGUCAUUCACCUGCUAAAAGCCGUGCAGCUCAAAGCAGAAUACUCAGCUCAACCAGUAGGUGGCGCUAACAUGACUUAGAAAAUGAGGUAGAUAUCAUUUUUUAAACGUUCACAACAUAUUUUACUGCAACAGCUACAUUGAUGGCUAGAUCUGGUUUAGAUUCACCAACUGACGUGACUCAAAUGCUUCAGGAUGUUGGUGGGGAGUGAACCGAAGCUCCCAGAGAAAAAACCCUCGCAGCACAGGAGACAGAAAUGUCUUGGAUGGGUGAUUUCUGUGACAUAUUCCUUGUGUUGCCUUUUUUACAGAUGAUUAAGGACACGUGUGUCAGGAAAGGGUCAUCAGUCGUAGAACUGCCUACUCCAGUUUUGUGUUUGCACCUGAACUGACCCGCUCUGACCAGUACCUACACUGACCUGUGUACAUUAGCUGCUUCUGUACUUAUUGCCUCCCUAUAUUAUCAUUUAUUUGUGUUUAUUUCUUAAUUCUAAUUUUUGUUUAUCAUUUAUUUUUUCUUGCAUUAAGUACCACAAUAAUUUCCUAAUGUUGUGAUUCUUGCAUAUAUGGAAAUAAAACCCUUCUGAUUGUGA